ACAACGAGGAGUGUUGACGAUGCUGAUAUAAACAAAGAAAGCUUCAACCCAUUUUUGUAUCUGCAAUCCACCCGCAAUGGCAUCCCCUUCUUCUUCUUCCUCCUUCAUCUGCAAAACCCACUUUCUAAUCGACCUCAUCGCUAUCUUAAUCGUUUCCUGUACUCAUAGUUCACAGGUAGAAGCCAUUAAAGCACCAAUCCGUCCACAAGACAUACUCCCACUUUUGCCCCGCCAAGUUUCAUGGCCUCUUCUCAACUCUCUUCGAGGUGCCUCCGAUCUUCUUCCGAGUUUCGUCGGAGCAGCGUCUAUUUCAAAUCAUUCCGAUUUGCAAUGGAAGGGGUCUUGCUUUUAUCAGAACACUGCGUGGUUAGAGCUCCACAACAAAAGUGGUAGUGAAUUUGGUGGAGGCACUCUUCAUAUCAAGGUAAGCAAUGCACACAGUUGGACAUGUAUGGAUAUUUAUGUCUUUGCUACUCCAUAUCGUGUGACGUGGGACUAUUACUUUUUAUCCCGUGAGCAUACACUUGAGUUCGACGAGUGGGGAGGGAAAGCUGAGUAUGAAUAUGUAAAACGUAAGGGAGUUGCCAUUUUUCUCAUGGAAGCAGGGAUGUUAGGCACCCUAAAAGCAUUAUGGGAGGUCUUCCCCCUGUUCACAAAUACUGGAUGGGGUGAAAGUUCUAAUCUUGCUUUUCUCAAGAAACAUAUGGGAGCUAACUUUGAAGCCCGUCCUGAGCCAUGGGUAACAAACAUUACCGUAGAUGACAUCCACUCAGGAGACUUCCUUGCGAUAUCAAAAAUUCGUGGUAGAUGGGGCGGGUUUGAGACUCUUGAGAAAUGGGUAUCUGGGGCGUAUGCGGGUCAUUCUGCUGUUUGCUUGAGGGAUGCCGAAGGAAAACUAUGGGUUGGAGAAUCUGGACAUGAAGAUGAAGAGGGUCAAGAUGUUAUUGCUUUGUUGCCAUGGGAUGAGUGGUGGAACUUUGAGCUGACCGAAGAUGAUGCUAAUCCGCAUAUUGCAUUGCUUCCUUUGCAUCCUGACCUUCGAUCCAAGUUUAACGAGACUGCUGCGUGGGAGUAUGCACAAAGCAUGAUAGGGUUGCCUUAUGGUUAUCAUAAUUUGAUAUUUAGCUGGAUAGACACUAUAAGUGAUAAUUAUCCACCACCUUUGGAUGCUCAUCUGGUUGCUUCUGUUAUGACCGUGUGGAAUCAUCUGCAGCCUGCAUAUGCUGCUAAUAUGUGGAAUGAAGCCUUAAAUAAGCGGCUUGGUACUCAGGGGCUUGAUCUUCCUGAAAUUUUGGUCGAAGUUGAAAGGCGUGGUUCAUCUUUUGCUGAACUAUUGGCUAUACCUGAACAAGAUGAAUGGGUAUAUGCUGAUGGAAAAUCGACUUCUUGUGUUGCUUAUGUCCUUGAAAUGUACAAGGAAGCAGGACUCUUUGGAGAUCUUGCAAGCCAAAUUCAAGUUACUGAGUUCACGAUAAAGGAUGCUUACAUGCUAAACUUUUUUGAAAACGAUUCGAGUAGGCUGCCAAAGUGGUGUAAUGAAGGGGACACAGUAGAGCUUCCAUUCUGUCAAAUCAAAGGGAAGUAUCGAAUGGAAUUACCUGGAUACAAUAGUAUGGAUCCGUACCCUCAUAUGACAGAAAGUUGCCCAUCACUUCCCCCAGACUAUUCAAGGCCCGAUUACUGUUGAAGCUACAUACUACCCUCUAGACCUUAUCAUGUGUCUGUCUAGGAUUUACUGGGUUAGUUUGGUUUUAGUAGUACUGAAGCUACAGGUUUGUUGUAUAAACGGUAGGUAAACUUGUAGGAUCAUAGACAUAGUUCAUUUCUCCUUUAUCUAAUGGCAAAGGAUGAAUUUUACACUUUGAAACGACAUGAUGGACCAUUGUAUAUAUUUAAUUGUGUCAAAACAUGUAGCAAAAGUAGACUGUUUAUUGUAAUUCUGCUGCUUAACAA